AUGAAAUUUGUGCUGAACUGGAUACUCCUUUACCUUGUAGCUUGCGGGACUUCAUCCAAAAAUGCGCAAUACAAAAGGGAGUACGCCGUGAGACAGAAGAACUGGGUGGGAACCCCCCAUUCAGCCGUGCUUUACAAAAAGUGUAAAAAUAAGAAAAGGCCUUUCGGGCACAAUCUGCAAAUUUUUUCUAUCAGGGAAAGAGUUCCCAAGUGGGAAAGGAAAAAUGAAAAAAGUGGCGUGCCUAUCAGGAGAGUGCCGAACAACAGAGCUCUUCUCCACCACGGAGCAUUUCUCCACCACGAAACAUUUCUCCACCACGAAACAUUUCUCCACCACGAAGCAUUUCUACACAACGGAACGCUUCGCAAUCAUGGCGCUUCUCUUACCAAAACGCACUUCACACGAAAAACAGGAAAAACAAGCGUCCAUUUAGGGCCCAUACAACUGAGUAACGGAAACCAGAAGAUACAUCCUUUUGUAGUACCUGCUCACACACAGCGGAGUGAAAUGAACACAGAAAAAAGCAUCUUCUCAAGCUUAUAUUCCCAAAUGCUUGAAAAGAGUAGGCAUAAAAAUAACAUAUUAAAUGAUGUAAGCAAACUGUUUAAGGUAAUACGGGAGAGUAAGAACAUAUUUUUCCUAGGCUUCUUACUAACAAUGAUUUCCUCAGUAGUCGAUUCGUACAUUCCGAUUUUUCUGUCCAGAACGAUAACCUACGUGAUGAAUAAAAGUGCGAUGGUUACCCAAACGAACCAAAUACCAAUUGUGAAUUCAUUCCUUUCUCAAUUCAAAUUCAACAACCCCUUUUAUGCAUAUGUAACUGUUUCUCUGGUGAGCUUAUUACUUUCUUCCGCACGAUCGUAUAUCUUUAACAUAUGCGCAUACAUAAGCACUAACACACUGCAAAAUUACCUAUUUAGAGUGUUCCUACAUAAGCAUAUUAGCUACUUUAAAAAAAGGGGCAAAGGCGAAUUGAUUAGUAGACUAAACAUAGACUCCACUGAACUGAUCGACAUAUUUACAACCAACAUGAUUGUUCUCUUACGUAAUGUAAUAAAGACAGUAUUGUCUUUUUAUUUUUUAUACAAAAUUAAUGUGUACCUCUUUGUGGUGUCCCUCUUCAUUGUCCUAACCAUUACUAACAUAUCAAUAUUUUUCUCUAACAUAUUUCGCAAACUCGCAAAAGAAGAAAGUAGCGUCGUGGCAUACUCAAAUAAUGUGGUAGAAGAAUCUAUUGAUAAUUUACCCCUUAUAAAUAGUUUCAACACACACAGUAAAGAAAUUACCAAGUUUAAUCGCUCCUUGGAUGUCAUAUAUACGAGCAGAAUGAAAUUAGGUCUUCUCUAUAUCAUAGAAAAACUCCUUAUCCGACUAAUAGACAUGAUAACACUUAUCGUCACACUGAUAUUAAGUAAGAAAACCUUAAAGAGUAACAUACACGUAGAUUCAAGAACUGCCAUCUCAUCUGUUAUGUACAUGCAAAACAUUAUUGCACAGUCAUGCACCAUAGAACAGCAGUAUUCCAGAGUACAGGAACUUAUAGGAAAUGCCGAAGACAUUAUCAAGAUGAUUGAAAAGGAUUCAGCCCGUACUAACACCAACAGGUUUGCAUCACAAAAAUAUACUCCCCUAAAUUUCCUGAACUUUCUGGACUUAAAAAAUAGUAUCUUUAAAUAUUCCCUUAUUAAGAAAUUUCAAGCUAUCCAAAAAGACGCAGAAUAUGUUGCCAGUGUUGUUAGGCCCAAUUAUUUAAAGCUUUUCGAAAGGAAUUAUAACAAUCUCCGAAAAAUUUUACCUGAAUAUAAAUACAUCUUGAAGGAAGAUCCGGGGGGGGAUAUCCCCUGUGUCGAAGAUAAAGGGAUUCAAAGUUCCAUUCCUGGUAGUGUUCCUGAUUAUGUAGGGAAAAAUCACCAAGUUUGUGCAAAUAAAACGAAUAACCCCUCAUAUAAUGGAUUCCUUACAUUUGAUCCCCUACAAGAUGUGACAAACCCGAACCUUGUACCUGACGCGAGGGAAACGGAGAAAGACUCCAUUACAAUGUUGAGGGGACAGAUUCAGUUAACUUCUGCUCCUUCUCAAUCGCCAACCUGCACGGAUAACAACCUCAACACGGGCGAAAAAAUUGCGCACAAAUUAAAAAAAAAUAAACCCCAAAUGAAUAUACAAGAAAUAUAUAGCUAUAUAAAAAACGACCAUCAGCUUAUAAUCAAGCAAAAGCUGGACAAGAAAUUUAUACAAUUCUUAAAAACGAAAUAUAAGAAAAAUAUUAUAUCACUAAUCUUAAAGUUAUAUGAAGAGCGACACCAACCUGUGAGUGAGGAACUCCUUUUCAUGUUUGAUAAUAUAAGCUCAUUCAAAAGAAUAUCCAUGCAAGAUAAAAAAAGUAUCUUAAAAAUGAGCAACGUAACGAAUAACACACUGUUUGUCAUAUUGCUGACUUUCCUGUUUUACAACUACUCCAAGUUUUACUACAAGAGGAAGAAAAUAACUCCUGUCAAUCUGCUGGAGAAGAAAUCGAAAACGAGCUUAGCCAUCACAACAUCGAGCAAAACACUCUGUAAUGACUCUACAAAUGAUGUGGACCACGUAACCCUUGAUGGUAUCAGCAUGAAUGAUGUGCUAAGCGACAUGACCAUCACAGAAAUGCACCUGGAUAACGCACAAAACGGAGGUAACAACGAAGACAGCGCCUUAGAUGAUAACAAUUCAGUGACACACCCUUGCGAUGAAGAGAACGUGGAGGACUCGUCCAAGCAUAGCGAACUGAAUACCUCCACCGAAAUUGAAGAUAAUGCAGAAACAGCCUCCACCUUGCAAACAGCGGAACAUAGCUACCCAAGUGAUGAUGAAAUUUUAAAAAAUAAAAAAAUGAAAAAAAAAAAAAAAAAAAAUCUCCAUAACAUACUACCAUAUAUUGUACAAAACGCUAUAAAAGAAUUGGAAAUUUUAAAAUUUAUCGAUGAAAAUUACAAACACAUAAACGAAAACUUAAUCCUAGAUAAUAUCAAAGACGACAAAAAGGGGAGUAGCUUAAUUUUCGAAAAUGUAGAUUUCUACUAUGCAAAAUUUCCAAAAAAUAAAAUUCUGUCAAAUAUUAAUUUGCAUUUCACCAAUAAAUAUACCUAUGGAAUUCUCUGUUAUAACGACUCGGGAAAGGACGAUCUCUCCAAAUUGUGCACACGACUGUAUAGCAAAACGUAUGGGAACAUUCUCUUGGACAAUGAAAAUAUAGAGAACAUCUCAAAGUACAUACUGACAAGGAAAAUUUCCCUAGUAGAGGAAGACACCUACCUGUUCAGCGAUAGCAUAAUAUAUAAUAUACUGUACUCCUACAAUUGCAGGACAAAGGCUAAUAAAUAUUUGUCCUACUUCAAUUACACUUUCGGGUUAAAUAAAAACAGCAUAAACAGCUGCGUACAUUUGUUUCCUUCAGAUGGUGACCUUCUCGGGAUGAAUGAAGAAAAACCGGAGAAAAAACUGAAAGGAACAAAUUCCCCCAGUAAGGGAGACCCCUCCCUUGCGGACACGGAAGAGACGAAAGAGAAUUACACCUCCCCUCAAUUUAAAAAAUGCCUAAUGUGCGGGAAUGUCGUAAAUACCAAACAGCUAGAUGAACAAAAAAAAAAAAAAAAAACUUACAACAAAUAUAAAGUACAUUUCGUCAAGAAGUUAUAUAAAGAAAUUAUUAAAGUUUCAAAAAUUGUGUGCAUAGACGAUUUGAUCAGUUCAUAUAAAGACAAAUUUUUUCACAACAUUAAUGAAAAAACUUUGUCAGGUGGACAAAAGCAAAAAAUAUCCCUAGCUAGAGCUAUCAUAAAAAAGCCCAAAAUACUCAUUCUAGAUGAAGCAUUUAGCGCCCUCGAUUCUGCAAAUGAGUUGAAAAUUUUCUCAAGUAUAAAAAGUUACCUGCCUAAUUCUACCAUCAUAAAUCUUUCCCAUAAAAUUACAACAAUUGAUCGAUGCGAUUACAUUUAUAUUUUGAAAGAUGGGAAAAUUAUUGAGCAUGGUUUAAGGACAAAACUGAAGGAAAAUAAAAACAGCGAGUACUACAAAAAGAUGAGCGAGUUUUAG